AUUCAACGUACCACGGCAAUCAAUAUCACAGGGGCAAUGCGGACGACGGCCUUAGACACCCUCGAAGCUCACACCAAACUCAUGCCCCUUCAACAUCGCCUGCAAAACCUAUGUUACCAAGCAGCCAUACACCUCGCAGCUCACCCGCCCACUCACCCUCUAUAUCUCCCAACCCGCAAAGCAGCCAAGUGUUUAGUAAAGCGACACCAAUCUUCGCUCCACCAUCUCAUCCACGCAACGGAACUGGACAUAGACUCGGUCGAGACCACAGUCCACAUGCGCCGAGCCCCCAAUACCGUCCCACCAUACUCCAUUUCGAUUGCGGCAACACGAGAGGAAGCAAUAACUGAACACGACGCAAACAUGAGCGAGAUCAAGAUCUACGCAGAUGGUUCGGGAAUCGAGGAGCAGAUAGGCGCAUCAGCCGUAUUAAUAAGACAAGGAUGCCCGCACAACCGGGCGGAAUUAGUCGGACUCACCUUAGCAGCCCAACUACUAGCGACGGAGAGAGACGUGACAUACCCUAUAGCGAUUUUCAUCGACAACCAAGCGGCGCUAAGAUCAGGUGAACUUUUCUCGACUAAGCCAGGCCACUACCUGAUCGACCACUUUCGUAGAUUAAUAUCCAGAGCGAAA